AUGGAUAGUCUCUUUCCUUACAUGUUGAGGCGUAAGAUGACCAUGCUUGUAUGCACUACACUCACCGAUGAGUACGAGCUUGAUUUGGGAGCAAAGACUCAGCCGCCAGUGAACAUCGAGGAUCUCCUCUACAGUACUUAUCAUCUCGUGGCUUUCUGCAAAGUGCGAUUUGCCACAGUACGAUGUCGACAACAGCUUAGCACACUGCGAAAGAUGAUGACUUCGACAUCUGCUCGUCCUGGAACGCUCGUCUUGUCUUCCGGGUACAUGAGAAGCCCCGACGCGCUGAAGUGGAAAGAUAUCGAACUCUAUAUGGUGAAGCACCCGGAAGAUCCAAAUUGUCAGAUGCUUCUCAUGCGAGUCAGGCAUAGGUUAAAUAAGGGCAAGAGAAAUAAGGGUGUCGCACCUGUCUUCACGUACACCGAGCGGAAUGAUAACCUUGGCCUUUGCGUUAUCCAGGACAUACUGGAAUAUGCUAUUCUUGACGAUGCUUUUGCUAGUCAGCGUAUCAAAAGGCCUCGAGAUAUCUGGCUCUAUACCCAUGUUCCCGACCAUCGACUCAGCACCCCCAUCCACUUCAAAGAGAGUGUGAAGGAAAUUCCGAUAUUCCGCCGUGCUGUGAAGGAUUCCGAGGGACACUGGAUCACUCAUCCCACGCUAGCGUUGCAGUACGAUCGAGCGCAGGAAUAUGAGAUUGCCACCAGCAGGUCGGCAGGUUUCAAGAAUCCCGGGUCUCUUUACAAAUAUCGGAAAGGAGCUGCGAGACAUCUCGACGAACACUCCCGUAAUGUCAUUAUGGGUCAUAAGAGAAGUGGUACCUUCGCCUACUACGUACAGGUCCAGGAUGACACCCAAUCGGCCUUUAUGGAGACUCCCGCACGGGAUGCUUUAAUUAAGCUCGCUACCCAUUCAAGUUUGACUCGCGAUGCGUCCGCGCCGCAAGAUCUCAGUGAUCAGCGAAAGCAAGAGCUUGAGAAGGACCCGGCGCUCAUCAGUCUGAAGGGCAAGCGCGACAUGCUUCGGGCUGAGUUGAUCGCACUACACCACCAGUUGCGCAACGGUCGCGGCACAGAUCUAUACAGGGAGUUUCAAAGAGCUAGCAACAAAGUCAGAUCGGAAAGAAAGAAACUGUACAGGGCCGCCAAGAACCAGGAGCACACAGAGUUUUUUGAGAACGUCGGAAAUCACAUUAUCGAGCAAAAUUACCAGGGUAACCCGAUAAGUUUUGAGCCAGACGUCUCCCAUGUUGUGCCGGAGAGAAAGGCUCUUGCGGACCUUGAGUUUAAGAACAGAGAUGUGGACAAGAUCAACGACGCAGAACUGGUGGAGGACCGGAUCCGUUCCCUGGAGUUGCGCCUGGCUCUCCAUAAUCUCGACGUACCAAGAGCACUGCAGAGAAGGGUCCGUUUCGACGGACCUUCAGUUGACGUGAUCGCUGAGUUUCCUGCUUCGCCAAAGAGUGAGACUGGACUUGAAUGCCCUGGUCUGGAUGCGCUCGACUCUGAUCAUGCACUUCAGGAACUGCUCGGUGCGUUCCUGGUACGCAACUACGUGAUUGUCAAGCGGGCCGAGGCCAAGAACCUGGCUGCUAUGGGGCGCUACGAGCGGAGGAAGUGGCUGGUAGAGCGGCAUUAA